UCAGAUCCCAGAAACCUCCGAAUAAAAAACUCGAUUGCUGCUCCCGUCUGAUACCCACAAUCAAUGGAGUGCCACGACCACGAAGACUCCCCCAAGUCCGCGCAAACCCCAUCCCCACCAUCCACCGCCCCUUCUACCUGCUGCAAAUGCGGCGGUCCCACCACCUUCGCACCACCGCCACCGUUCUCCGAAAUCAGCCCUCCACCAGCGUACCGCCCCAUCCGCGCUCCGGCUAUCAACCUUCCCCCAAACAACCAUUCACAGCAGGCCAUAAUCCUCGCCCCCGUUCCCCAGUCCCAAAAGGUCCCACUUGUCUCCCCUCCUUACCACUUUCAAGUCCCCACCAAAAGAAUCCAAUCCCCCAACGACAUCCGCCGCUUCCAUGACUCUGAUUCCGGCAAGAACUUCCUCGGCUUCAUCGUCGCCCUCUCCGAGUCCAUCCGCUCCCGCAAAAUCUCAGACCCAUGCCACGUGUCCCCUACAAUCAGCUCCAUCGUCUCCACCCUCGAAACCCUAAUUCGCUGGAUCGACGAAAUCCCUCCUCUCCAGCAAGCAGCUCGCUAUGGUAACCUCUCUUACCGAGCGUGGCAUGACCGCCUCACCGAGAGCAGCGAGUCCUUGAUGCUUAAUUUUAUCCCCGAUGAUCUCAAUUCCGCCACGAUCGAGAUCGUCCCGUACUUCACCGACAGUUUUGGGAACUCGAGUCGCAUUGAUUAUGGUACCGGCCACGAGACCAACUUCGCCGCUUGGUUGUACUGCAUAACUCGGUUAGGGCUUAUCAUGGAGGAGGAUUACACAGCAGUGGUGGCUAGGGUUUUCGUUAAGUAUCUCGAACUAAUGAGGAAGUUGCAAUUGGUUUAUUGCCUGGAGCCUGCGGGUUCACACGGGGUUUGGGGCCUCGACGACUAUCAUUUCCUGCCGUUUAUCUUCGGGUCGUCACAGCUGAUCGAUCACAAGUACAUGAAGCCCAAGUCGAUUCAUAAUCAGGAUAUACUGGAUAAUUUUUCGAAUGAGUAUCUUUACCUUGCGGGCAUUGCGUUUGUUAAGAAGGUGAAGAAGGGUUUGUUCGCGGAGCACUCGCCGUUGUUGGAUGAUAUAAGCGGAGUGCCUACUUGGAACAAGGUCAACAGCGGGUUACUGAAGAUGUAUAAGGUGGAGGUCUUGGAGAAGGUCCCUAUCAUGCAGCAUUUUCUAUUUGGAUCGCUUAUCAAAUGGGAGUAGCGAGUUGCGAGUUCAAGUCGUUAGGCAUGUAGCUCUGGAACCUAGAAACCUGUUAACUUGGAAGUUGGAAAUAUACUUUUUGUAACACAUAUCCAUUGAGGUUUUUUUUUUUUUUUUUUUUUUGGGUAUUUUCUGCUGUUGUUAUAAAUAUUUGAAAGUUUAACGGUGUUGAUUGAAGGGAAAUCAUACAGAUACAAUUUAAUUUCCUUAUAAAA